GAAUAAUCGUUAAAUCCUUCCGUUCCUAUUGUAGAAAAUGUAGAUACAUAGUUUAAUGCAGACCUUUACACUAGCGAGUCAAUCUUCCAGUUUCAGUCGGUCAUUCCUUAGCGGUAAGCAUCUUUGAUUUGACUGAUAAAAAGACAGAUUGACCCAGACCCAGCAGUGCCAGUAGGUCAAUAGUGCUGGAAGGUGGAACCGACUACUGUACUGUGUAGAGAAAAAGGAUGUGUGUCGUGUGAUUGUGUGGACGUGACGUUCUCCUUCACACACUCCCCACUACGUUCGUGCAAUCGGCAAAACCAGAUUCCCGUCGGCCGUCCUAUUCGAGUCACCUCCACCAUCUGCUCUCGGAUUUCAAUCGGAGUCGAGUACCGGCCGGCCUCCGUUUCUCAUCUUCUUGCGUUAAGAAUAUGUCUCAAUUGAAGAGAAUGACGUCUGUGAAGAUGCUGUUGAGCCCGCUUUCGGCUCGCCUCUUCUCGAGUUCCGCCGUCGCGAGGACGAGGUUCGUCCAGUACACCUGCUCCAACGACGGCCCUCAGCGGCUGGGGGUCCAGCUCGCUCAAGACGGCGACAUCAUCGAACUGAGCGCCGUCAACGCCGCGAUACCCAACAACUUGGUCGAUUUCAUACGCGAUGCGUCGAUUUACACGGAAAAGGCAAAAAGGGUUAUCGCAGAAGGGAAGUCUGUCGUACGACUGGAAGAAGUGAAACUCCUUCCGCCGAUUAUGAGGCCGGAUAAAGUCAUUUGUGUAGGUCUCAACUACAAAUCCCACUGUGACGAACAGAAGAAGCCUUAUCCGGAAGAGCCGUUUUUUUUCAACAAGUUCCCCAGCACCAUAGUUGGCCCGUUCGACGAUGUCAUUCACCCUCCAAAUUCUAGGGCUCUUGAUUGGGAAGUAGAACUUGCAGUAGUAAUUGGAAAGAAAUGUCGGGCAGUUAAAAUUCAUGAGUCUAAUGAUUAUAUAUUUGGGUAUACAAUUUGCCAGGACAUAUCUGCCAGGGAUUGGCAGACCCAAAAGAAGAACAACGGCCAGUGGCUUUUUGCUAAAAGCAUGGAUACAUUUUGUCCAUUAGGGCCUUCAGUGGUGUCAAAAGAAGUAGUGGCCAAUCCGAAUAAACUGCAAUUGUCUUGUUCAGUUAACGGUUUGAAAAUGCAGGAUGGGAACACUGAAGACAUGGUCCAUGAUAUUAAUAGAAUAGUUUCCUACCUAUCCGAAUGUGUGACAUUAUUACCAGGGGAUGUUAUUCUAACUGGCACACCAUCAGGAGUUGGGGUUUUUCAAAAUCCAAGGAUGUUUUUAAAACCUGGUGAUAUUGUUGAGUCUGAAAUCAGUGGGAUAGGCAAAAUGUGUAAUAAAAUAAUUUCUUUCCCAAGGAAAGAAUCUUAAGACUGAACUUUUAAAUAAACAAAAGGAAAAAAAUGAUACUCAAAUAUGGAGUUUAAUGUUUUUAAAUGUUGAUGAAUACAUUACAUUGUGGUGAGGUUGUGUUGACCAUGCUCCAUUUUUUCUGGUAUGGCUAAUUGUCUCAGGAGAUUAUUUGAGUCUAUAAAAUUGAAUUUAUUUCAAUUGAAGGACUUAUAUAACAAUAUACUUUUCAUUUAUUAAAAUAAAUCAUAUAUUGGGAGAAUAAAAAAAAUCUCCUUUAUGUACGCUUGUGUCUGCAUACAAAGGAGGUAAAAGAAAGGUGGUUUUAUAAACUUAUUAACCAUAAUUUUAUCAGUAAAUUUGCUAUUGUAAGGGUG